AUGGUGGUUCCCAUUCUUGUCGGGAUUGGGGUCACUGUGGCAGCCUUAUUCACGAAAUCUACCGUUUCUGCAUACAGAAAGUACAUCCUACUCACUCCCCAGAUAAUAGCAUCGCUAAAUAACAUCAAGCUCACAUCUCUGUCACUGCCUUCCACCUACAAUGGCAAACCUCACCAGCAUGAAGAUAUACAUAAAUUAUUGCGCCAGCGGUACCCAAGGGCAGGAUUCGAUGACAAAAUGACCGAGCGAGAAGCACUUUUGAUUAUGGGUAUAGAGGGAGACGAUAUAAUCAAAUUUGAUAGAGCAAUGUUAAAAGAGCGAUAUCGUAAAUUGAUGGUAAUGAACCACCCAGACAAGCAUGGGAGCAAGUACUUGGCCCAGAAGAUAAAUCAAGCAAAGCAGGUUUUAGAGGAUGGUUACAUGUUUCGAAGAUGA